CUCAACAACAAACCACUCCGGAUACAACCACGACUCCGGAGAGUACUUCAACGGAAACUACAAUGGAAUCAAUUUCAACUACAACCGCAACGCCGGAAGUUAUUUCUUCCACGUCAGAAACGAGUACUCAACAACUAACCUCUCCGGAAACAACUACGACUCAGGAGAGUACUUCAACGGAAACUACGACGGAAUCAAUUUCAACUACAACCACCACGCAGGAAGUUACUACUUCCACGUCAGAAACGAGUACUCAACAACUAACCUCUCCGGAAAUAACCACGACUCAGGAGAGUACUUCAACGGAAACCACGACCGAAUCAAUUUCAACUACAACCACAACGCCGGAAGUUACUACUUCCACAUCAGAAACGAGUACUCAACAACUAACCUCUCCGGAAACAACCACGACUCGGGAGAGUACUUCAACGGAAACUACGAUGGAAUCAAUUUCAACUACAACGACAACGCCGGAAGUUACUACUUCCACGUCAGAAACGAGUACUCAACAACUAACCUCUCCGGAAACAACCACGACUCAGGAGAGUACUUCAACGGAAACCACGACGGAAUCAAUUUCAACUACAAACACAACGCCGGAAGUUACUACUUCCACAUCAGAAACGAGUACUCAACAACUAACCUCUCCGGAAACAACCACGACUCGGGAGAGUACUUCAACGGAAACUACGAUGGAAUCAAUUUCAACUACAACCACAACGCCGGAAGUUACUACUUCCACGUCAGAAACGAGUACUCAACAACUAACCUCUCCGGAAACAACCAUGACUCAGGAGAGCACUUCAACGGAAACCACGACGGAAUCAAUUCCAACUACAACCACAACGCCGGAAGUUACUACUUCUACGUCAGAAACGAGUACUCAACAACUAACCUCUCCGGAAACAACCACGACUCAGGAGAGUACUUCAACGGAAACUACGACGGAAUCAAUUUCAACUACAACCACAACGCCGGAAGUUACUACUUCCACAUCAAAAACGAGUACUCAACAACUAACCUCUCCGGAAACAACCACGACUCGGGAGAGUACUUCAACGGAAACUACGAUGGAAUCAAUUUCAACUACAACCACAACGCCGGAAGUUACUACUUCCACGUCAGAAACGAGUACUCAACAGUUAACCUCUCCGGAAACAACCACGACUCAGGAGAGUACUUCAACGGAAACCACGACGGAAUCAAUUUCAACUACAAACACAACGCCGGAAGUUACUACUUCCACGUCAGAAACGAGUACUCAACAACUAACCUCUCCGGAAACAACCACGACUCAGGAGAGUAUUUCAACGGAAACUACGACGGAAUCAAUUUCAACUACAACCACAACGCCGGAAGUUACUACUUCCACGUCAGAAACGAGUACUCAACAACUAACCUCUCCGGAAACAACCACGACUCAGGAGAGUACAACCACGACUCAGGAGAGCACUUCAACGAAAACCACGACGGAAUCAAUUUCAACUACAACCACAACGCCGGAAGUUACUACUUCCACGUCAGAAACGAGUACUCAACAGUUAACCUCUCCGGAAACAACCACGACUCAGGAGAGUACUUCAACGGAAACUACGACGGAAUCAAUUUCUACUACAACCGCAACGCCGGAAGUUACUACUUCCACUUCAGAAACGAAAACUCAAAACCUAACCUCUCCGGAAACAAUAACGACUCAGGAGAGUACAACCACGACUCAGGAGAGCACUUCAACAGAAACCACGACGGAAUCAAUUUCAACUACAACCACAACGCCGGAAGUUACUACUUCCACGUCAGAAACGAGUACUCAACAACUAACCUCUCCGGAAUCAACCACGACUCAGGAGAGUACUUCAACGGAAACUACGACGGAAUCAAUUUCAACUACAACCGCAACUCCGGAAAUUACUAAUUCCACGUCAGAAACCAGUACUCAACAACUAACCUCUCCGGAAUCAACCACGACUCAGGAGAGUACUUCAACGGAAACUACGACGGAAUCAAUUUCAACUACAACCGCAACGCCGGAAAUUACUAAUUCCACGUCAGAAACGAGUACUCAACAACUAACCUCUCCGGAAACAACCACGACUCAGGAGGGUACUUCAACGGAAACUACGACGGAAUCAAUUUCAACUACAACCGCAACGCCGGAAAUUACUAAUUCCUCGUCAGAAACGAGUACUCAACAACUAACCUCUCCGGAAACAACAACGACUCAGGAGAGUACUUCAACGGAAACUACGACGGAAUCAAUUUCAACUACAACCGCAACGCCGGAAAUUACUAAUUCCACGUCAGAAACGAGUACUCAACAACUAACCUCUCCGGAAACAACAACGACUCAGGAGAGUACUUCAACGGAAACUACGACGGAAUCAAUUUCAACUACAACCACAACGCCGGAAAUUACUAAUUCCACGUCAGAAACGAGUACUCAACAACUAACCUCUCCGGAAACAACCACGACUCGGGAGAGUACUUCAACGGAAACUACGAUGGAAUCAAUUUCAACUACAACCACAACGCCGGAAGUUACUACUUCCACGUCAGAAACGAGUACUCAACAACUAACCUCUCCGGAAACAACCACGACUCAGGAGAGUACUUCAACGGAAACCACGACGGAAUCAAUUUCAACUACAAACACAACGCCGGAAGUUACUACUUCCACAUCAGAAACGAGUACUCAACAACUAACCUCUCCGGAAACAACCACGACUCGGGAGAGUACUUCAACGGAAACUACGAUGGAAUCAAUUUCAACUACAACCACAACGCCGGAAGUUACUACUUCCACGUCAGAAACGAGUACUCAACAACUAACCUCUCCGGAAACAACCACGACUCAGGAGAGCACUUCAACGGAAACCACGACGGAAUCAAUUCCAACUACAACCACAACGCCGGAAGUUACUACUUCUACGUCAGAAACGAGUACUCAACAACUAACCUCUCCGGAAACAACCACGACUCAGGAGAGUACUUCAACGGAAACUACGACGGAAUCAAUUUCAACUACAACCACAACGCCGGAAGUUACUACUUCCACAUCAAAAACGAGUACUCAACAACUAACCUCUCCGGAAACAACCACGACUCGGGAGAGUACUUCAACGGAAACUACGAUGGAAUCAAUUUCAACUACAACCACAACGCCGGAAGUUACUACUUCCACGUCAGAAACGAGUACUCAACAACUAACCUCUCCGGAAACAACCACGACUCAGGAGAGUACUUCAACGGAAACCACGACGGAAUCAAUUUCAACUACAAACACAACGCCGGAAGUUACUACUUCCACGUCAGAAACGAGUACUCAACAACUAACCUCUCCGGAAACAACCACGACUCAGGAGAGUAUUUCAACGGAAACUACGACGGAAUCAAUUUCAACUACAACCACAACGCCGGAAGUUACUACUUCCACGUCAGAAACGAGUACUCAACAACUAACCUCUCCGGAAACAACCACGACUCAGGAGAGUACAACCACGACUCAGGAGAGCACUUCAACAGAAACCACGACGGAAUCAAUUUCAACUACAACCACAACGCCGGAAGUUACUACUUCCACGUCAGAAACGAGUACUCAACAACUAACCUCUCCGGAAUCAACCACGACUCAGGAGAGUACUUCAACGGAAACUACGACGGAAUCAAUUUCUACUACAACCGCAACGCCGGAAGUUACUACUUCCACUUCAGAAACGAAAACUCAAAACCUAACCUCUCCGGAAACAAUAACGACUCAGGAGAGUACAACCACGACUCAGGAGAGCACUUCAACAGAAACCACGACGGAAUCAAUUUCAACUACAACCACAACGCCGGAAGUUACUACUUCCACGUCAGAAACGAGUACUCAACAACUAACCUCUCCGGAAUCAACCACGACUCAGGAGAGUACUUCAACGGAAACUACGACGGAAUCAAUUUCAACUACAACCGCAACUCCGGAAAUUACUAAUUCCACGUCAGAAACCAGUACUCAACAACUAACCUCUCCGGAAUCAACCACGACUCAGGAGAGUACUUCAACGGAAACUACGACGGAAUCAAUUUCAACUACAACCGCAACGCCGGAAAUUACUAAUUCCACGUCAGAAACGAGUACUCAACAACUAACCUCUCCGGAAACAACCACGACUCAGGAGGGUACUUCAACGGAAACUACGACGGAAUCAAUUUCAACUACAACCGCAACGCCGGAAAUUACUAAUUCCACGUCAGAAACGAGUACUCAACAACUAACCUCUCCGGAAACAACAACGACUCAGGAGAGUACUUCAACGGAAACUACGACGGAAUCAAUUUCAACUACAACCGCAACGCCGGAAAUUACUAAUUCCACGUCAGAAACGAGUACUCAACAACUAACCUCUCCGGAAACAACAACGACUCAGGAGAGUACUUCAACGGAAACUACGACGGAAUCAAUUUCAACUACAACCGCAACGCCGGAAAUUACUAAUUCCACGUCAGAAACGAGUACUCAACAACUAACCUCUCCGGAAACAACAACGACUCAGGAGAGUACUUCAACGGAAACUACGACGGAAUCAAUUUCAACUACAACCGCAACGCCGGAAAUUACUAAUUCCACGUCAGAAACGAGUACUCAACAACUAACCUCUCCGGAAUCAACCACGACUCAGGAGAGUACUUCAACGGAAACUACGACGGAAUCAAUUUCAACUACAACCGCAACGCCGGAAAUUACUAAUUCCACGUCAGAAACGAGUACUCAACAACUAACCUCUCCGGAAACAACCACGACUCAGGAGGGUACUUCAACGGAAACUACGACGGAAUCAAUUUCAACUACAACCGCAACGCCGGAAAUUACUAAUUCCACGUCAGAAACGAGUACUCAACAACUAACCUCUCCGGAAACAACAACGACUCAGGAGAGUACUUCAACGGAAACUACGACGGAAUCAAUUUCAACUACAACCGCAACGCCGGAAAUUACUAAUUCCACGUCAGAAACGAGUACUCAACAACUAACCUCUCCGGAAUCAACCACGACUCAGGAGAGUACUUCAACGGAAACUACGACGGAAUCAAUUUCAACUACAACCGCAACGCCGGAAAUUACUAAUUCCACGUCAGAAACGAGUACUCAACAACUAACCUCUCCGGAAACAACAACGACUCAGGAGAGUACUUCAACGGAAACUACGACGGAGUCAAUUUCAACUACAACCGCAACGCCGGAAGUUACUACUUCCACGUCAGAAACGAGUACUCAACAACUAACCUCUCCGGAAUCAACCACGACUCAGGAGAGUACUUCAGCGAAACCUACGACGGAAUCAAUUUCAACUACAACCGCAACGCCGGAAGUUACUUCUUCCACGUCAGAAACGACUACUCAACAACUAACCUCUCCGGAAUCAACCACGACUCAGGAGAGUACUUCAACGGAAACUACGACGGAAUCAAUUUCAACUACAACCCCAACGCCGGAAAUUACUAAUUCCACGUCAGAAACGAGUACUCAACAACUAACCUCUCCGGAAACAACCACGACUCAGGAGAGUACUUCAACGGAAACUACGACGGAAUCAAUUUCAACUACAACCGCAACGCCGGAAGUUACUACUUCUACGUCAGAAACGAGUACUCAACAACUAACCUCUCCGGAAACAACAACGACUCAGGAGAGUACUUCAACGGAAACUACGACGGAAUCAAUUUCAACUACAACCGCAACGCCGGAAGUUACUACUUCCACGUCAGAAACGAGUACUCAACAACUAAACUCUCCGGAAUCAACCACGACUCAGGAGAGUACUUCAGCGGAACCUACGACGGAAUCAAUUUCAACUACAACCGCAAUGCCGGAAGUUACUACUUCUACGUCAGAAACGACUACUCAACAACUAACCUCUCCUGAAACAACCACGACUCAGGAGAGUACUUCAACGGAAACUACGACGGAAUCAAUUUCAACUACAACCGCAACGCCGGAAGUUACUACUUCCACGUCAGAAACGAGUACUCAACAACUAACCUCUCCGGAAACAACCACGACUCAGGAGAGUACUUCAACGGAAACUACGACGGAAUCAAUUUCAACUACAACCGCAACGCCGGUAGUUACUACUUCUACGUCAGAAACUAGUACUCAACAACUAACCUCUCCGGAAACAACAACGACUCAGGAGAGUACUUCAACGGAAACUACGACGGAAUCAAUUUCAACUACAACCGCAACGCCGGAAGUUACUACUUCCACGUCAGAAACGAGUACUCAACAACUAACCUCUCCGGAAUCAACCACGACUCAGGAGAGUACUUCAGCGGAACCUACGACGGAAUCAAUUUCAACUACAACCGCAACGCCGGAUAUUACUCUUUCCACGUCAGAAACGAGUACUCAACAACUAACCUCUCCGGAAACAACCACGACUCAGGAGAGUACUUCAACGGAAACUACGACGGAAUCAAUUUCAACUACAACCGCAACGCCGGAAGUUACUACUUCCACGUCAGAAACGAGUACUCAACAACUAACCUCUCCGGAAACAACCACGACUCAGGAGAGUACUUCAACGGAAACUACGACGGAAUCAAUUUCAACUACAACCGCAACGCCGGAAGUUACUACUUCUACGUCAGAAACUAGUACUCAACAACUAACCUCUCCGGAAACAACAACGACUCAGGAGAGUACUUCAACGGAAACUACGACGGAAUCAAUUUCAACUACAACCGCAACGCCGGAAGUUACUACUUCCACGUCAGAAACGAGUACUCAACAACUAACCUCUCCGGAAACAACAACGACUCAGGAGAGUACUUCAACGGAAACUACGACGGAAUCAAUUUCAACUACAACCGCAACGCCGGAAGUUACUACUUCCACGUCAGAAACGAGUACUCAACAACUAACCUCUCCGGAAUCAACCACGACUCAGGAGAGUACUUCAGCGGAACCUACGACGGAAUCAAUUUCAACUACAACCGCAACGCCGGAUAUUACUCUUUCCACGUCAGAAACGAGUACUCAACAACUAACCUCUCCGGAAACAACCACGACUCAGGAGAGUACUUCAACGGAAACUACGACGGAAUCAAUUUCAACUACAACCGCAACGCCGGAAGUUACUACUUCCACGUCAGAAACGAGUACUCAACAACUAACCUCUCCGGAAACAACCACGACUCAGGAGAGUACUUCAACGGAAACUACGACGGAAUCAAUUUCAACUACAACCGCAACGCCGGAAGUUACUACUUCUACGUCAGAAACUAGUACUCAACAACUAACCUCUCCGGAAACAACAACGACUCAGGAGAGUACUUCAACGGAAACUACGACGGAAUCAAUUUCAACUACAACCGCAACGCCGGAAGUUACUACUUCCACGUCAGAAACGAGUACUCAACAACUAACCUCUCCGGAAACAACAACGACUCAGGAGAGUACUUCAACGGAAACUACGACGGAAUCAAUUUCAACUACAACCGCAACGCCGGAAAUUACUACUUCCACGUCAGAAACGAGUACUCAACAACUAACCUCUCCGGAAACAACAACGACUCAGGAGAGUACUUCAACGGAAACUACGACGGAAUCAAUUUCAACUACAACCGCAACGCCGGAAGUUACUACUUCUACGUCAGAAACUAGUACUCAACAACUAACCUCUCCGGAAACAACAACGACUCAGGAGAGUACUUCAACGGAAACUACGACGGAAUCAAUUUCAACUACAACCGCAACGCCGGAAGUUACUACUUCUACGUCAGAAACUAGUACUCAACAACUAACCUCUCCGGAAACAACAACGACUCAGGAGAGUACUUCAACGGAAACUACGACGGAAUCAAUUUCAACUACAACCGCAACGCCGGAAGUUACUACUUCCACGUCAGAAACGAGUACUCAACAACUAACCUCUCCGGAAACAACAACGACUCAGGAGAGUACUUCAACGGAAACUACGACGGAAUCAAUUUCAACUACAACCGCAACGCCGGAAAUUACUACUUCCACGUCAGAAACGAGUACUCAACAACUAACCUCUCCGGAAACAACAACGACUCAGGAGAGUACUUCAACGGAAACUACGACGGAAUCAAUUUCAAGUACAACCGCAACGCCGGAAAUUACUACUUCCACGUCAGAAACGAGUACUCAACAACUAACCUCUCCGGAAUCAACCACGACUCAGGAGAGUACUUCAACGGAAACUACGACGGAAUCAAUUUCAACUACAACCGCAACGCCGGAAAUUACUAAUUCCACGUCAGAAACGAGUACUAAACAACUAACCUCUCCGGAAACAACAACGACUCAGGAAAGUACUUCAACGGAAACUACGACGGAAUCAAUUUCAACUACAAUCGCAACGCCGGAAGUUACUACUUCCACGUCAGAAACGAGUACUCAACAACUAACCUCUCCGGAAACAACAACGACUCAGGAGAGUACUUCAACGGAAACUACGACGGAAUCAAUUCCAACUACAACCGCAACGCCGGAAAUUACUACUUCCACGUCAGAAACGAGUACUCAACAACUAACCUCUCCGGAAACAACAACGAUUCAGGAGAGUACUUCAACGGAAACUACGACGGAAUCAAUUUCAACUACAACCGCAACGCCGGAAGUUACUACUUCCACGUCAGAAACGAGUACUCAACAACUAACCUCUCCGGAAUCAACCACGACUCAGGAGAGUACUUCAGCGGAACCUACGACGGAAUCAAUUUCAACUACAACCGCAACGCCGGAAGUUACUACUUCCACGUCAGAAACGAGUACUCAACAACUAACCACUCCGGAAUCAACCACGACUGCGGAGAGUACUUCAACGGAAACUACGACGGAAUCAAUUUCAACUACAACCGCAACGCCGGAAAUUACUACUUCCACGUCAGAAACGAGUACUCAACAACUAACCUCUCCGGAAACAACCACGACUCAGGAGAGUACUUCAACGGAAACUACGACGGAAUCAAUUUCAACUACAACCGCAACGCCGGAAGUUAUUACUUCUACAUCAGAUACGACUACUCAACAACUAACCUCUCCUGAAACAACCACGACUCAGGAGAGUACUUCAACGGAAACUACGACGGAAUCAAUUUCAACUACAACCGCAACGCCGGAAGUUACUACUUCCACGUCAGAAACGAGUACUCAACAACUAACCUCUCCGGAAUCAACCACGACUCAGGAGAGUUCUUCAACGGAAACUACGACGGAAUCAAUUUCAACUACAACCGCAACGCUGGAAAUUACUAAUUCCACGUCAGAAACGAGUACUCAACAACUAACCUCUCCGGAAACAACAACGACUCAGGAGAGUACUUCAACGGAAACUACGACGGAAUCAAUUUCAACUACAACCGCAACGCCGGAAAUUACUACUUCCACGUCAGAAACGAGUACUCAACAACUAACCUCUCCGGAAUCAACCACGACUCAGGAAAGUACUUCAGCGGAACCUACGACGGAAUCAAUUUCAACUACAACCGCAACUCCGGAAAUUACUACUUCCACGUCAGAAACGAGUACUCAACAACUAACCUCUCCGGAAACAACCACGACUCAGGAGAGUACUUCAACGGAAACUACGACGGAAUCAAUUUCAACUACAACCGCAACGCCGGAAGUUACUACUUCCACGUCAGAAACGAGUACUCAACAACUAACCUCUCCGGAAUCAACCACGACUCAGGAGAGUACUUCAACGGAAACUACGACGGAAUCAAUUUCAACUACAACCGCAACGCCGGAAGUUACUACUUCCACGUCAGAAACGAGUACUCAACAACAAACCACUCCGUAUACAAUCACGACUCAGGAGAGUACUUCAACGGAAACUACGACGGAAUCAAUUUCAACUACAACCGCAACGCCGGAAGUUACUACUUCCACGUCAGAAACGAGUACUCAACAACUAACCUCUCCGGAAUCAACCACGACUCAGGAGAGUACUUCAGCGGAACCUACGACGGAAUCAAUUUCAACUACAACCGCAACGCCGGAAGUUACUACUUCCACGUCAGAAACGAGUACUCAACAACUAACCACUCCGGAAUCAACCACGACUGCGGAGAGUACUUCAACGGAAACUACGACGGAAUCAAUUUCAACUACAACCGCAACGCCGGAAAUUACUACUUCCACGUCAGAAACGAGUACUCAACAACUAACCUCUCCGGAAACAACCAAGACUCAGGAGAGUACUUCAACGGAAACUACGACGGAAUCAAUUUCAACUACAACCGCAACGCCGGAAGUUAUUACUUCUACAUCAGAUACGACUACUCAACAACUAACCUUUCCUGAAACAACCACGACUCAGGAGAGUACUUCAACGGAAACUACGACGGAAUCAAUUUCAACUACAACCGCAACGCCGGAAGUUACUACUUCCACGUCAGAAACGAGUACUCAACAACUAACCUAUCCGGAAUCAACCACGACUCAGGAGAGUACUUCAACGGAAACUACGACGGAAUCAAUUUCAACUACAACCGCAACGCUGGAAAUUACUAAUUCCACGUCAGAAACGAGUACUCAACAACUAACCUCUCCGGAAACAACAACGACUCAGGAGAGUACUUCAACGGAAACUACGACGGAAUCAAUUUCAACUACAACCGCAACGCCGGAAGUUACUACUUCCACGUCAGAAACGAGUACUCAACAACUAACCUCUCCGGAAUCAACCACGACUCAGGAAAGUACUUCAGCGGAACCUACGACGGAAUCAAUUUCAACUACAACCGCAACUCCGGAAAUUACUACUUCCACGUCAGAAACGAGUACUCAACAACUAACCUCUCCGGAAACAACCACGACUCAGGAGAGUACUUCAACGGAAACUACGACGGAAUCAAUUUCAACUACAACCGCAACGCCGGAAGUUACUACUUCCACGUCAGAAACGAGUACUCAACAACUAACCUCUCCGGAAUCAACCACGACUCAGGAGAGUACUUCAACGGAAACUACGACGGAAUCAAUUUCAACUACAACCGCAACGCCGGAAGUUACUACUUUCACGUCAGAAACGAGUACUCAACAACAAACCACUCCGUAUACAAUCACGACUCAGGAGAGUACUUCAACGGAAAUUACGACGGAAUCAAUUUCAACUACAACCGCAACGCCGGAAGUUACUACUUUCAUGUCAGAAACGACUACUCAACAACUAACCUCUCCGGAAACAACCAUGACUCAGGAGAGUACUUCAACGGAAACUACGACGGAAUCAAUUUCAACUACAACCGCAACGCCGGAAGUUACUUCUUUCACGUCAGAAACGAGUACUCAACAACUAACCUCUCCGGAAACAACCACGACUCAGGAGAGUACUUCAACGGAAACUACGACGGAAUCAAUUUCAACUACAACCGCAACGCCGGAAGUUACUACUUCCACGUCAGAAACGAGUACUCAACAACUAACUACUCCGGAUACAACCACGACUCAGGAGAGUACUUCAACGGAAACUACGUCAGAAACGACUACUCAACAACUAACCUCUCCGGAAACAACCACGACUCAGGAGAGUACUUCAACGGAAACUACGACGGAAUCAAUUUCAACUACAAUCGCAACGCCGGAAGUUACUACUUCCACGUCAGAAACGAGUACUCAACAACUAACCUCUCCGGAAACAACAACGACUCAGGAGAGUACUUCAACGGAAACUACGACGGAAUCAAUUUCAACUACAACCGCAACGCCGGAAAUUACUACUUCCACGUCAGAAACGAGUACUCAACAACUAACCUCUCCGGAAACAACAACGAUUCAGGAGAGUACUUCAACGGAAACUACGACGGAAUCAAUUUCAACUACAACCGCAACGCCGGAAGUUACUACUUCCACGUCAGAAACGAGUACUCAACAACUAACCUCUCCGGAAUCAACCACGACUCAGGAGAGUACUUCAGCGGAACCUACGACGGAAUCAAUUUCAACUACAACCGCAACGCCGGAAGUUACUACUUCCACGUCAGAAACGAGUACUCAACAACUAACCACUCCGGAAUCAACCACGACUGCGGAGAGUACUUCAACGGAAACUACGACGGAAUCAAUUUCAACUACAACCGCAACGCCGGAAAUUACUACUUCCACGUCAGAAACGAGUACUCAACAACUAACCUCUCCGGAAACAACCACGACUCAGGAGAGUACUUCAACGGAAACUACGACGGAAUCAAUUUCAACUACAACCGCAACGCCGGAAGUUACUUCUUUCACGUCAGAAACGAGUACUCAACAACUAACCUCUCCGGAAACAACCACGACUCAGGAGAGUACUUCAACGGAAACUACGACGGAAUCAAUUUCAACUACAACCGCAACGCCGGAAGUUACUUCUUUCACGUCAGAAACGAGUACUCAACAACUAACCUCUCCGGAAACAACCACGACUCAGGAGAGUACUUCAACGGAAACUACGACGGAAUCAAUUUCAACUACAACCGCAACGCCGGAAGUUACUACUUCCACGUCAGAAACGAGUACUCAACAACUAACUACUCCGGAUACAACCACGACUCAGGAGAGUACUUCAACGGAAACUACGUCAGAAACGACUACUCAACAACUAACCUCUCCGGAAACAACCACGACUCAGGAGAGUACUUCAACGGAAACUACGACGGAAUCAAUUUCAACUACAAUCGCAACGCCGGAAGUUACUACUUCCACGUCAGAAACGAGUACUCAACAACUAACCUCUCCGGAAACAACAACGACUCAGGAGAGUACUUCAACGGAAACUACGACGGAAUCAAUUUCAACUACAACCGCAACGCCGGAAAUUACUACUUCCACGUCAGAAACGAGUACUCAACAACUAACCUCUCCGGAAACAACAACGAUUCAGGAGAGUACUUCAACGGAAACUACGACGGAAUCAAUUUCAACUACAACCGCAACGCCGGAAGUUACUACUUCCACGUCAGAAACGAGUACUCAACAACUAACCUCUCCGGAAUCAACCACGACUCAUGAGAGUACUUCAGCGGAACCUACGACGGAAUCAAUUUCAACUACAACCGCAACGCCGGAAGUUACUACUUCCACGUCAGAAACGAGUACUCAACAACUAACCACUCCGGAAUCAACCACGACUGCGGAGAGUACUUCAACGGAAACUACGACGGAAUCAAUUUCAACUACAACCGCAACGCCGGAAAUUACUACUUCCACGUCAGAAACGAGUACUCAACAACUAACCUCUCCGGAAACAACCACGACUCAGGAGAGUACUUCAACGGAAACUACGACGGAAUCAAUUUCAACUACAACCGCAACGCCGGAAGUUAUUACUUCUACAUCAGAUACGACUACUCAACAACUAACCUCUUCUGAAACAACCACGACUCAGGAGAGUACUUCAACGGAAACUACGACGGAAUCAAUUUCAACUACAACCGCAACGCCGGAAGUUACUACUUCCACGUCAGAAACGAGUACUCAACAACUAACCUCUCCGGAAUCAACCACGACUCAGGAGAGUACUUCAAUGGAAACUACGACGGAAUCAAUUUCAACUACAACCGCAACGCCGGAAAUUACUAAUUCCACGUCAGAAACGAGUACUCAACAACUAACCUCUCCGGAAACAACCACGACUCAGGAGAGUACUUCAACGGAAACUACGACGGAAUCAAUUUCAACUACAACCGCAACGCCGGAAGUUACUACUUCCACGUCAGAAACGAGUACUCAACAACUAACCUCUCCGGAAUCAACCACGACUCAGGAAAGUACUUCAGCGGAACCUACGACGGAAUCAAUUUCAACUACAACCGCAACUCCGGAAAUUACUACUUCCACGUCAGAAACGAGUACUCAACAACUAACCUCUCCGGAAACAACCACGACUCAGGAGAGUACUUCAACGGAAACUACGACGGAAUCAAUUUCAACUACAACCGCAACGCCGGAAGUUACUACUUCCACGUCAGAAACGAGUACUCAACAACUAACCUCUCCGGAAUCAACCACGACUCAGGAGAGUACUUCAACGGAAACUACGACGGAAUCAAUUUCAACUACAACCGCAACGCCGGAAGUUACUACUUCCACGUCAGAAACGAGUACUCAACAACAAACCACUCCGUAUACAAUCACGACUCAGGAGAGUACUUCAACGGAAACUACGACGGAAUCAAUUUCAACUACAACCGCAACGCCGGAAGUUACUACUUUCAUGUCAGAAACGACUACUCAACAACUAACCUCUCCGGAAACAACCAUGACUCAGGAGAGUACUUCAACGGAAACUACGACGGAAUCAAUUUCAACUACAACCGCAACGCCGGAAGUUACUACUUUCACGUCAGAAACGAGUACUCAACAACAAACCACUCCGUAUACAAUCACGACUCAGGAGAGUACUUCAACGGAAACUACGACGGAAUCAAUUUCAACUACAACCGCAACGCCGGAAGUUACUUCUUUCACGUCAGAAACGAGUACUCAACAACUAACCUCUCCGGAAACAACCACGACUCAGGAGAGUACUUCAACGGAAACUACGACGGAAUCAAUUUCAACUACAACCGCAACGCCGGAAGUUACUACUUCCACGUCAGAAACGAGUACUCAACAACUAACCACUCCGGAUACAACCACGACUCAGGAGAGUACUUCAACGGAAACUACGUCAGAAACGACUACUCAACAACUAACCUCUCCGGAAACAACCACGACUCAGGAGAGUACUUCAACGGAAACUACGACGGAAUCAAUUUCAACUACAACCGAACCGUUUCCUCUUUACGAUGAUGGUGCUAUUCUAUGUACUGGCGUUGGGCUCUAUCCAGAUCCAUUCAUAUGUCAGCGCUACCAUUACUGUCCUCAGAAUAAUGUUUACUCCUGGGUCCAGCGGUGUCCACCAAAUUAUGGUUUCUUCUACGUGCCUUAUGCGUCCAACGUUUUUCCAUGUAGAAGUAUUGUGAAACCCUCUUACUGUGCCCGGUUCGAUUGUACUCAGAACUCUUUCUACAAAUCGUAUGGAACUGGUAACACUUUCUACGCACUCUGUUUAACAAGCUCAGUUACCAAGAAGAGUACAGUGUUGGUGAUGAAAUGUAGUGAUGGAGCGUCCUUCAACGGUUCACAAUGUAUCUAUCAGUGCUCUCGUGAAGGAAUGUUUGCCAACACGGUAGAUCCGACCAAGUACUAUCAGUGCUAUUAUUCGGCCAACAAAUUAGUUAAUCGGCUUAUGAACUGUCCUGGUGGUAAAACUUUUAACCAACAGAAGAAAGUUUGUGUUUGAAGAAUAGUGUUCAAUAAUAAGUAUCGGUAUGAGCGAAAUAGGAUAGUUUUACCAUUCUGUUUUGGAUCUUCUCA